AUGCGUCAGCAGCGGAAACGUGGAGACAAGCGUGUGUUCCUUCCUGGCCCUUCACAGCAAUCGAAGAUGCUGCGCAUCUCCAACUCACUGCGUCGACGCAAAUCGACGUCUCCAUCGCCCCACGACUCGGCUUUGGCUGUGAUUAAACAGAAAAAAACCAUCACAAUGGAGGAGUUUGAGCGACUGCAGAAGCAACUGCACGACAUGGUGGAGACCACGCCGCAUACUCAACUGGCAAUGGCUCAAGCAGCUCUGGCCAAUGGACUCGAGCGCCCGUUCACACGCGGUUUCCCCGGCCCCACGUCGUUCCCCGGAUACGUCCCUGGCUCCAUUGCCAACCAGAACCACGGGGCGUUGACCGUACGCGACGAGAGGAAGGAAAUCGCGACGAAGAGUGGCGUUCCUUUCGGUAAACGUCCUAGAAAUCACGAGAAUGGACCCAUUCUCCUCUCAGGCUCUGCUCUGCGCGGACAGUUGACACGCGAGGAGCGUCUGAUGCGCAAGCCUCGCCCGUCGCGUCUAUUGACUGGCGCUCAACGUGAUGCUGCUGCGCGUAACGCCUACUCUGCGGCGGUGGCGGAGAAGAUUUUGUCGACGCUGAAUAAAGUGCAGACUCCACUAGAGCGGGAGGCGCAGAAACCCACGCCGUCGACAUCCAUGUCGUGGGCGAAGUAUCACCUUUCGAUAGCUAAUGAUGAGAAGAAGAGCCUUGAGAAUGGCAUGGCGUUUGACAGCGACGACGUGGCACCUCCGACGAGUACAGUGCCUCGCGUGGCGUUCCCGCAGCCCUCGCAGAAACCUGCUACUUUGACUUCUGGCAGUGUUCCGAAGGCUUCGACGACGCCGAUGAAGGGCGCGACGAGCUCGUCGAACGAUGGGACGGCCUUCUCGCCGCAGGCGGUGUCAAUGACUCCUGCCCUUACUCGUGUACCGGAGCAGGCGAAGUUUGAGAAGAUUGGUGAGUUCAAGUUCACACUUCCACAUCGCGUUGAUGGAGUUAACCAGGUGGGCGUGAACGACGAGGACACUCGUGUGAAGUUUGUGUUUUCCCCACCGCCUAAAAUGCGAGAGCCACCAGUGAAGGUGUCGAGUCAGAAGACUGCGGCGAACGGAAUCGGCGCUGCUCCGUUUGAUUUUAUGCCGUCGUCGCCGAAGACAAAGACGACUGAGUGGGCGUCGAAGCCACCAAAGACCAAAGAAUCCGAGAAGCCCAAGGCUGCGGAGAAGCCCGUCGCACCCAAGGAUGAGACUGAAAAGCCCAGCACUGUUGACUCUGCGCCGGCUGCUUCUACCAAUGGAGUUGUGAAUCCUCUUGCGAGAUUUAUGCAGCUAAAGCCAGGACAGUGGAAAUGCCCUGGAUGUAGUGUUCUGAAUGAGGCGACCAGUGCCAAAUGUCCGUGCUGUGAGACGGCAAACCCUGCUGGUGCGUCUGCACCUAAGGUGACUGCUCCAUUAGCUUCUAAGCCUGCUGGAUCGAUUUCAUCAAGCGGCUUUAGUUUUGGUGCUCCUGCGGCGGACGCUAAGAUGGAUGCGGACAAGCCGACUGCAGGAUCCAUUACAGCGAGUGGCUUCAGCUUUGGCGCUCCACUUGCAGAAUCGAAGAAGGAAUUGGAGAAACCGGCUGGAUCAAUCUCGUCAAGUGGAUUUAGUUUCGGUGCCCCAGCAAGUGCUGCUGCCAACAAGGAUAGUGAGAAACCCGUCUCAGGAAUCACAUCUGGCGGAUUCAGCUUUACUACCCCAGCUCCUGCUCCUGCAUCCGCCUCAGACAAACCAACUGUUAGUUUCGGUGUUCCCGCUGUGUCGGACUCAAAGUCUGAUGGUUUUGGUAGUGCUGCCCCGAUUUCGUUCGGAUUUUCGCCUCCCGCGAAGAAGAAUGAAGAUACACCGAAGAUAUGUGCUGUAACUGAGAAGGCUGCUGCUUCAUCUUUCUCUCACGGAGCUUCACCGUCAACUUCGGCUCUGGCUGCCUCGACAGCUACAACCAGUGGGUUUACGUUUGGCGCUACCAACGCCAGUACUGCCGAUAACUCGAGCAAGUCCACCAAACGUAAAGCUCAUGAACUGGGAGAGCUUAAGAAGGAUUCAACAUCAUUGUUUAGCUUUGGUACAACCGCGACGGCGACCACUGAGGCCCCGAAGGCGAGUGCGCCCGCCUUCAGUUUCGGUGCUUCCCCUGAGCCAAAGCAUACAAGUCCGAAGGAGGAUUCGGAUCGCCCUAAGAAGCGUAUGGCUCCGUCGUCUAUGACCACUGGCUCGAAGCCUGUGGCAUCCAAUCCGGCUUUUUCUUUCGGAGGGGUAUCAAAACCGCCCCAAGUGCCUGCGAAGAAUAAUACUGGUGUCAAUUCUCCCACACCAUCGUUCUCGUUCGGUGGAUCGAACAGCUCGACGACUACUGACAAGCCGAAGGAGACGGCAGCUCCGUCUUUCAGCUUUUCUCCUGCUACCUCGACCCCUGCCACGACUGCGCCAACUGCAUCAACUGGCUUCACGUUUGGCCAGAGCUCGACGACGUCCGCCACUAGCAAUGCACCUGCAUUCGGCGCCGCUCCGGCUACGUCGUCUGGCUCAUCUUUCGGCUUUGGCGUGUCGACAGCACCCUCCACUGGUACUUCGGAUCCCCCCGUGCCGGCAGCUCCUGCGUCGACACCUGCGUUCACUUUCGGUUCGUCUUCUACCCAGUCUGCAGCAUCCAGUGGCUUCGGCUCGUCAGGUUCUGCAACGUUUGGCCAGACACCUGCAACCACUUCGGGCUUUGGUUCCACCUCGGCGGCUUUCGGAUCAGGCUCUAGUGCAUUUGGAUCUGGCGCCAGCAGUGGAGGCUUCGGUAGCUCGUCUAGUGCUAGUCCCUCGACUGCGUUUGGCAGCUCUGCAUCCACGGCACCAGCUGCACCGGCCUUUUCUUUCGGCGCAUCCAUCCAGGCUCCGGCUACCAAUGCAUCUGCCAACCAGCCAGCGUUUUCGUUUGGCGCGACCAGCGUUCCUACCCCCACUGCGCACCAGGAGGCUUCCGAUCUUCUAGCCCUGCACCCGCCUUCGGCAACCAAUAAUGCCCCUGCAGCCCCCGUGUUUGGCAAUAGCCUACCGCCUCCGACAAACACAUUUGGCGCCCCCGCCUUCGGCGCUCCUCCAGCUAGCGGGUUCGGCGGUGGCCCUCCCAGCUCUGGAUUCCGUACGCCUAGCCCAACUCCGGCAUUUGGCGCUGCUCCUGGAGCUCCUGCCUUCGGUGCUGCCCCUGCUCCAACGUUCGGUGCCCCCCCUGCUGCUCCCGCUUUUGGAGCCGCUCCUGCUGCUGGAGCCUUCGGCGCUCCUUCUGCUGAUGGCGGAUUCAACAUGGGAGCCGCUCCUCAGCAUGUGAAGGGCCGACGCAUCCUGAAGGCCAAGACUCGCACUCGGCGAACGUCAUAG